UAAUAGUUAUUAAUCGUUUUUGAAAAGAUUUAAACUGAAAAAUAACAUAAGCCAAAUUUGAAGAGCAGGCCAACGGGUAAUUCGGUAAAAAAAUCGUGUAAGAAAUUCCUAACCUGUAAAUACCUGAAAAAAUUUGUAUUAGAGAUAUCAUAUUUAUCCAUUUACUGUGAGAAGGACACAAAGCAGUCUUGUAAAAACAAAUCUAAAAAAGUUUUAAUUCCCUUAAUUUUCCAUAUUUAAAAAGCCUUAUCGAAAGUUGAUGGUUUAAAAAAGAAACUAGAGUAAAUAUUACUAGGAAGUAAAGAACCAUUUAAUUAAAAAAAUCUACAAAACUGAAACCAUAUUUUUAAAGUAUGUUUAACAAUACGGUUUAGAGCUUGUCUACCUAUACUGGAGAAUGAAAACUGAAGAGGAGCUCCUAAUAGCGAAGCUGACGAAAACCCCAUUACUGAGUUUUCCUCCAAAUGUAACCAUGAAGGGCGAUCUUGGUCAUCUGUAUCAUAAGUUGAAAAAGUAAUAUAACGCAUAUUAAUUGCCCAUUUAUUCGACCUAUCAAUGACAUCGACACAGAUGACCAUUUAGAAAGCGCCUGUUGAGUAUUUUCAGCUAAAGGGAAGGUGUAAAUUCAAGCUGGCUUUUACCACUGAAAUGGUGUGGGACUACAACCAGAGGCCAUGGGUUAAGCGUGAAACGUGAAAUGUUAAGGGGAACAUGAGGGGAAACUUCUUCACACAGAUGGUCAUUUGGAUGUGGAAUGAACAGCCAUCAUGAGUGGGGCAUGUGAGCUCAAUUUCAAUAUUUAGGAGGUUUGUAUAGGAACUUGGAUGGUAGGGGUAUGGGACUGGGCAAUUUAAAUAGUUUAGCACAAACUAGAUGGCCCAAAGGGCCUGUUUCUGUGUUGUACUUUUCUACAAUAACCUGAAAUAUUACGAACAUUCACUCUAAGAUCUUUUAACAGCUGUGUGAACCAACCAUUCAUUUCGGCAGGAAUUUUUUAUAUGGCUUUAAAAUUGUGGCACUUUAAGUUAAUAAUACAUAAAAGAAGAUCCUAGCUGCACGUCAAGAAAGACUGUUUGUGUGAGACGGUUUCAGUUACUGUGGGGCCAGGCACCCAUGCUGCUCAGCAGGAACAGGGAAUAAUACCAACGGAGAGAGUCAGACUGAGCCAAGGCACAAAUUGGAGAUGGCAGAAAUGCCCCAUUCUUAUAGAGACAGGAAGAGCAUCGGAGAGAUUGAUGGUCAUUCCAGAUACCAGCACUCUGCGCAGUCAGGAGAUGAUUUCUCUGUCCAACUUGAGUAGAACCUCACUGUAACAGUGUGAUACAAAUCAAACCAAGUGAUCUCAUCUGUAAUGUUGUCCUAAACCCAUUGAUGGAUUUUGUAAAUCUUUUUACAGGUUAAGAAUGAGAAGGAAUUUGUCUGCAGGCAGCUCAAACACGACACGCCAGUUUUGUUGUCUCUGUCCCGAUAUUUAAGAAGUGGAGCAAGGGAUUCAAUCGAUCAUUCCUCAUUUGACCAACCGUCAUUUUACACAGGAGAAAGGCCGUUCACCUGCUCAGACAGUGGGAGUGGAUUCACUCAGUUAUCACAAUUGAAGGUACAUCAACAAGUUCACAUUGGCCAAGGCCAUUCAUCUGUUCUGCGUGUGUGAGAAAGGAUUCAGUUGGUCUUCCCACCUGUGGACACACCAGUCAGUUCAUACCACACUGGCGGAGGUUAGUCAUCUGUUGAACUCCUGGGAAAGGAUUCACUCAGUCAUCUGACCUAAUGGCUCACCAGCGAGUUCACACAGGGGAGCGGCUGUACACCUGCUCAGUCUGUGAGAAGAGAUUCACUCACUCUUCCACCCUAUGGAAACAUCAGCGAGUUCACACUGGGGAGAAGCCAUUCACCUGCUCAGAAUGUGGGAAGGGAUUCACUGAGUCGUCCACUCUACUGGUACAUCAGCGAGUUCACACUGGGGAGAGGCCAUUCACCUGCUCAGUCUGUGAGAAGAGAUUCACUCGGUUAUCCCACCUCCAGAGUCAUCAGCGAGUUCACACUGGGGAGAGGCCGUUCUCCUGCUCAGAAUGUGGGAAGAGAUUCACUGAGUUAUCCAACCUACAAAGUCAUCAGCGAGUUCACACUGGGGAGAAGCCAUUCACCUGCUCACAAUGUGGGAAGAGAUUCACUGAGUUAUCCAACCUACAAAGUCAUCAGCGAGUUCACACUGGGGAGAGGCCGUUCUCCUGCUCUGAAUGUGGGAAAGGAUUCACUGAGUUAUCCACCCUACAGAGACAUCAGCAAGUUCACACUGGGGAGAAGCCAUUCACCUGCUCAGUAUGUGGUAAGAGAUUCACUCAGUUAUCCACCCUGCAGAGUCACCAGCGAGUUCACACUGGGGAGAAACCGUUCCCGUGCUCAGAGUGUGGGAAGAGAUUCAGUCAGUCAUCCACCCUACAGAGACACCAGCGAGUUCACACUGGGGAGAAGCCAUUCACCUGCUCAGUCUGUGGGAAGAGAUUCACUGAUUCAUCCACCUUACAGAGACACCAGCAAAUUCACACUGGGGAGAAGCCGUUCACCUGCUCAGUCUGUGGGAAGGGAUUCACUCAGUCAUCCACCCUACAGAAUCACCAGCGAGUUCACACUGGGGAGAGGCCAUUCACCUGCUCAGUCUGUAGGAAGAGAUUCACUCAUUUAUCCAGCCUACAGAGACAUCUGCAAAUUCACACUGGGGAGAAGCCGUUCAGCUGCUCAGUCUGUGGGAAAGGAUUCACUCAGUCAUCCACCCUACAGAGUCACCAGCGAGUUCACACUGGGGAGAAGCCGUUCACCUGCUUAGACUGUGGGAAGGGAUUCAUUUAUUUAUCCAGCCUACAGAGACAUCAGCGUGUUCACACUGAGGAGAAGCUGUUCACCUGCUCAGAAUGUAGGAUAGCAUUCACUCAGUCAUCCCAACUACUGGCACACCAGUCAGUUCACAAUGGAGUGGCCGUUGUAAUGAAUCCCUAGGUUUCGUUUGCUGAAGGCUAUUUUAAGAGAGAGAUUAAGGUGAUUCAGUCUGACUUGCAGCUUGUUUAGUUUUAACCGAGGACACAGACACCCAGAGUCAGACAGAGAUGAAGGAGGUAAAAUGGAAAGAAUCGAAACCAGGGAACUAAUGGCCAAGGGACACCGUUUGGAACUUUCCUAUGCCCACAAGGGUGGAUUAAUCAUCGAUUCACCGUACAUUGAAUGUGUGGUGGUCACCUUGUUUGAUCCAUAGGAGUGGCUCUGAUUUGGGGAUCCUGUGAAGACUGCUGAUGUGUUAACCCUUGCCUGGGUGUGGUGUGGUAAUUCACUUGAAGAUGAUACCCCUUGUGACAAGUCACUUUGGGUGAUAAUUAGUAUGUGAGAUUUUGGAAUGACGACAGAUAAAAUCUACAGCAACUGUUCUCUCAUUUUACCACUGUGGAACCUGAGGAAUUUGACAUAAUUGCAUUCUCUCAACAUUUACCCUGGAUUACAAAUAUCUCUCUCAUCACCUAUUCUGUGGAUGAAGUGAAGUUUCCUACUUUACCAUCUCAAGAUUCUAAGCCUUGAUUCCCCCGAGCUCAAUAGUUUGGGCAACACACAAAAUGCCGGUGGAACACAGCAGGCCAGGCAGCAUCUAUAGAGAGAAGCACUGUCGUUGUUUCAGGCCGAGUCCCUUCGUCAGGACUACCUGAAAGGAAAGAUAGGAAGAGAUUUGAAAGGAGGAGGGUGAGGGGGAAAUGUGAAAGAUAGAAGACCAGAGGGGGUGGGGUGAAGCUGAGAGCUGGAAAGGUGAUUGGCAAAAGGGAUACAAAACUGGAGAAGGGACAGCAUCAUGGGAUGGGAGGCCUAGGGAGAAAGAAAGGGGGAGGGGAGCACCAGAGGGAGUUGGAGAACAGGCAGAGUGAUGGUUAGAAAAAGAGGGAACAAACAAUCUAAAUAUAUCACGGAUGGGGUGAGAAGGUGAGGAGUGGUGUUAACGUAAGUUAGAAAAGUCAAUAUUCAUGCCAUCAGGUUGGAGGCUACCCAGCCGAUAGAUAGGGUGUUGUUCCUCCAAACUGAGUGUGGCUUCAUCUUGACAGUAGAGUAGAGGAGGCCAUGGCCUAUUCUGCUUUGACAGUUGAUGAAGCAGCUGAUUAUGACAUAGUGAGACAGGCUGUGCUCAAAGCUUACGAUUUGGUCCCAGAAUCAUACAGGAAAAAAUUUGGAAAUUGAAGGAAAUUUGUGAAUCAGACUUAUCUGGCAUUUGCUUCUCAGAAGUCUGUGUGUUUUGACCACUGAUGCACGUAUAAAAAUAUAAGUGAUGAUUUUACAAAUAGAAGGAGUUGGUUUUAAUUGAAGAAUUCGAAAGGUGCGUCCCUGAUGACAUAAAGAGAUAUUUAGAUGAAAAGGAUGCUGCCACUUUGCAGGAGUCUGCUAGAUUAGCAGAUGAGUUUGCUUUAACUCAUAAGGUUAAGUUUACCCCGAAUAAGAGCUUCCAAAAGAAUAGCAGGAAUCACCAGUCCAAACCAGAAAUUAAAGUUUGGACUAGUGAUAAGAGUAAGGAUGAAGGGAAGCAAUUGAAGGAGAAAUAUUCUGGUCCUACUUGUUACUGUUGUAGGAAAGCUGGUUAUGUGAUGGAUAAUUGUUCUGUCCUGAAGAAUAAAAAGGUAAAUGAGGCAGUCCCAAAUGCCUGUGUUGAAGCUUCUAUAAACCCAGAGGGUUCUGAACAUUCUGUUGAGGCUCAGUUAAGGUCUGAGAGGUCUGCCUGAGUUAAGAAGGGUUCGAACAUUUGAUGUCAGAUGGGAUUGUAUUAGUAAAUGAAUCGGUACCAGUGAAAAUUCUGAAAAGAGGAUGCUGUCCAAUUUACUGGGGCUUCUCAGUCACUCAUUCUAGGAGGCUGUGGUGGCCAGUGCUAUAAUAUUUGCUGUUGUGUACUGGGGCAGCAGGCUAGGGUAGCAGACUCCAGCAGAAUCAACAAACUCAUUCAUAAGGCCAGUGAUGUUGUGGGGGUGGAACUGGGCUCUCUGACGGUGGUGUCUGAAAAGAGGAUGCUGUCCAAGUUGCAUGCCAUCUUGGACAAUGACUCCCAUCCACUCCGUAAUGUACUGGUUAGACACAGGAGUACAUUCAGCCAGAGACUCAUUCUACCGAGAUGUAACACAGCAUCAUAAGAAGUCAUUCUUACCUGCGGCCAUCAAACUUUACAACUCCUCCCUCGGAGUGUCAGACACCCAGAGCCAAUAGGCUGGUCCUGGACUUAUUUCCGCUUGCAUAAUUAACUUAUUAUUAUUUAAUUAUUUAUGGUUUUAUAUUGCUAUAUUUCUUCACUAUUCUUGGUUGGUGUGGCUGUAACCAAACCCAAUUUCCCUUGGGAUCAAUAAAGUAUGUCUGUCUGUCUGUA